UUGAACACUGCUUGGAUUUACUCCAAGAUCUUGGGAUUUUUAUGACACUUUGGGGUCUUGGGAUUUUUUUUUACUUUUUAUUAAAUCUUAGGAUUUUUGGAAUGACUUGGAAUUUUUCUUGGGAAUUUUGAUUUCUCUCAGUGUGUUCACACUGAUUUUGUUGUUGUUGUGCGGCACGAUGACAAAUGUUACAGAAGAAAGUGGCUCAGAAUUAUUCAAUUUAUUAAAUCCAGAGAACUUAUCAGAAGAAUCAUUAAUUCAUAUUUUACAACAGCGACUGGUUAUAAUUGAUGAUGUCAACAGAUCUAAGAAAGAAGAUUUGGUCAGUUUAUUCCAUAGAACAGUCACACCUCAACCCCAAAGAGUGAUGCCUAAAAAUCGUAUUGGGAAAGUUCUAAAAAGUGCGCAAGAACAGAUUGCAUCACGUAAACCAAAGUCUAUUGAAACGCCUAAUUUACUCACAGCAGCUCAGUCAACUGCAUCAAAAGCACAGUCUUCAUCUCAGAAAGGUGGUCUCGUCAUGUCAGCAAAUAUCCAGUCACCUGGUUACAGAUUAAAACCACCUCCCGUAGUACUCAACAACAAAAAUCGCAUCGCUAAGUUGAAGAGAACCAGUAGUAGUCAGCUAGAGGGUGAACAUCCUAACGGAAAAUUUACAAAGAUAAAAAAUCCAUCAUCUUCAGUAUCAUCAUCAUCAACAUUACUGUCAUCACCUGUUGCAAUUAAAAAACAAUGCAUAAAAUCAUCGACAGCAACCAGUCCAAAAGCAUGCAAACCCCUACCAGUAAAGAGGCCUUCACAAGAAACAGAACAGAAUCCGGUAAAUGACAGCUCACCGAAGAAGAAGAUAAAAACGAUUACCUGGCCGUAGUGAAAACGAUGAAACUUGGCUCACUUUGAGUGACGGGAUUUGCAAUGAACCGACGCAGCGCAAGCCCAGGAGAGUGCUUUACACAUAUAGGUUAUGAUAACGUGAUAUUUUUUACUGUCAUGCAAGAGUGAUUAACAUACAGUAGUUCAACUCUUUCAACGUUUGACAUUAUCAUGCCUAUAUAUUGACAAUGUUGACAUUAUCAUGCCUAUAUAUGGACAAUGUGGAUUUCAUCAUGGCCAUAUAUGGAGAGUGUAUGACAUCAUCAUGCAAAAAACAGAGCUUCCAAAUUUAAACACAUGCUAUAAAUAUUGAGAGCGUAAAAAGAUCUGCAUGGUAAUCUAUGUGGAGCUAUGUUGUCUUAUAUGGAACUAUGUGAUAAUCCAAUAUGGAUCUUUGUUAUAAUCCUAUAUGGAUCUGUGUGAUAAUCCUAUAUGGAUCUGUGGGAUAAUCCUAUAUGGAUCUGUGUGAUAAUCCUAUAUGGAUCUGUGUGAUAAUCCUCUAUGGAUCUGUGUGAUAAUCCUAUAUGGAUCUGUGGGAUAAUCCUAUAUGGAUCUGUGGGAUAAUCCUAUAUGGAUCUGAGUGAUAAUCCUAUAUGGAUCUGUGGGAUAAUCUUAUAUGAACCUCUCUGUGAUAAUUUUUAUGGAGCUGCAUAUACAAUAUGGGCCUCCUGGUAUAAAUGCAUUUGUAAAGAUAAUGUAAUUAUUUACAACAGAGGAAACAAAUGAUAUAAAAUGAAGAAUCAAUUUAUUUUGCAGAUAAUUAUGCAAAGGUAAAUUAUUAAUAAUAAUGCCAGAUGAAAUUCUUUUAAGAAUAGUGUUUCAAAUUCGCCCCAGUUAAGCCCAAAUCAGAAGCUGCACGACGUAGCCAAUGCUGUUUCCCGUGGUGUACAUGCCAGUUAAAUGUAAAUGUGAUAGGUCUACAUCAGGCACAGUCGAGUCAUGGAGUAUUAAACAUUUUUGCAACCUAAAAACUGUUCCGACGAUAAAUUUCGCCGGGCAAUGUCAUACAACACUGUCCGAAUUGGCCUUUACAGUACAGUACCAAGUUUAUUUUCAACGCUAUAAUUUUCAUUCUUUACCAUACGCUCAUAAACUACCCUGAUGAAAUGUGUAGUGGUUGAUGUACCAAAUUAUUUUUUUUUUACAUGAAUUAUUGAAGUGUUUGAAUGCCAUUUCAUCUUGGAAACAAGUCACCAUAAUAAUAAUAAUUCUUUAUAAGCAUCAAUCAUGGGAUUUGUUUUAACAAAAAGAUAUUUGCGUAUCAUGAUUAAUUUUUUAAUAUGAUAGCUGUUUUAUGGAUGAGAUGUACCAAAAUAAUUUUAUUUUACAUGAAUUAUUGAAGUGUUUGAAUGCUAUUUAAUCUUGAAAACAAGUCACCAUAAUAUGAAAAAUUCUUUAUAAGCAUUAGUCAUUAGGAUUUGUUUCAACAAAACAAUAUUUGCAUUUCAUGAUUAAUUUGUUAAUAUGAUGGGUGUGCGGCAUUAUUAAAUAUAAGGCCAGUAUUCAGUAAUUAUGAUUAUUCAUUUUCUAUAAGGCCUGCAUAAAUCUUUUAUCAGUAUCUGAAUACUAACGUGACUUUGGUGGAUGCGGGAUUUGGCUGUAGCGGGUGUGUGAGAGUCCACACCACCUCAGGCCAGCCAUGGUUGGGGCUGAGGUUAGAAAAAAUGUUAAGAAUAUGAACCUCUAGGUGCCCAGAAAUUACACUCCAUACUUUAAAAAUCUUAACGGUACUAUGUUCAUAAUUAUGAAAUUAAUUUAUGAACAAUACAGUACAAUUAUUUUUCUUAAUACAAUUUAGGGCGAGGGGGGUAAGAUUUCACUGUCUGCACACACCCCCCCCCCCCUGUAUCCGCCCAAGCAUGAAAAUGUCAACCUAAUUUAGUGCUUUUAGAAUAGACCAGCUGGACUCACCUGGUUGGAAAUGAGCACAUUGCAUUAUAAACUUACAUAUGAAUGAAUGUAUUGUUUCUGUGAGGGGAGUAUAAUUACUGAAGCAUAUAGAGCCCUUAGGCCUGGUAUAUCAAGUGUGUGCUGUACAGGGUUUUAUAGCAGUUUAAAAUCAUAUAUCUAAUCACAGCUACUGUAAAUUUUGCCUCAGAAUUCACUAAUAUUUUUUAAGUUUAUGAACUAGUUAAAUUUCUUUAACCAAUUUGCUACUAGUAUCAAUGUUUUGGUCAAUCACAACCCACGAAGUGAGAUCUUAUGAUGCCAUGAACAAGGAAGCAAGUAGCACUCUACUGCAUCAUUGAUAGGAUUAAUAAUAAUGUGAACAGUAAAGCCAGGGAAAAGGCUACUGGUAGUAUUCAUGCCUUUAGCCCAAGGAAGCAAUUCUAAUAAUAAUUAAGUAUUUCUUACUACAAUACCAAAAUAUUGUACCUUUAUACUGAUGUAGAUAUUUUUUUUUUUGAAAAUCGAAAAUAAAGAAAUUGAUUUUAACAACA